CGUGUUUUAUUCAUUCUAUUAUGAGUAUUUUAUACCGCGAAAAUAAUUUCGUUUUGAUUGACCAUAGAGAGUUUAUAUCCAACAUUUAUAAAGGUGUUACUGAUAGAAAGGACAGUUUAAAAGAUGUAAAUUACACAAUCAUAAGUAAAAUGUUUUCAAUUAAAAACUGUAAGAAAUAUAAUAAUAAAAGACCACGAAAAUCUAAUGAAGUAAUUAAAGAAAUUCCAUCAGAUGUAAAGCAAAGUAUAAAUAAUCAAUACAAUUUACUAGAUACAUCAAGUGUGAGGGAUCUAUCAAGGACAUAUUUUGAGUCAACAAUAUUUAAUCAUCUAGGAAUUAAUGGGGGUAAUAACUCCAAUGUACCACUGCAGUGUGAAGUUAAGGGUGAAUAUUUUCUCAUCCCAAAUAAUUCAAGGUUUUUCUGUGGCUGUGUGAAAGAACAAUGUCAGAAGUUGGCCGGUAACAAGUAUGAUAUUGUAAUAGCUGAUCCUCCUUGGUGGAAUAAAUACAUUAGACGGUUGAAAGGUGCUAAUGAUAAAUUAAGUUAUUCCAUGAUGUACAAUGAAGAUAUUGCAUCCAUACCUGUAAAGGAACUCCUUUCUAAUAAUUCCUUGGUAGUAGUCUGGUGUACAAAUGCACCAAGCAAUAUAAAUGCCGUCAAAGAUAUUAUCUUUCCAGAGUGGGGUAUUGAGUAUGUGACCACUUGGUUUUGGUUGAAAGUUAAUAUAGACUUUGAGCCUCUUUGUAAAUUUGGAGCAGGGUAUGAGAAACAACCCUAUGAAAGAGUUAUUAUAGGAAAAGUCGGGGAAGUUGAGGAUAUACCAAGUGAUUUGUUGUUAAUGAGUGUCCCUAGUGCAUUGCAUUCGCAUAAACCACCCUUAGUGGAUUUACUAAAACCUUACCUGAAUGUUAAAGAAGUUAAGAUAAUAGAGUUAUUUGCGCGAUAUUUACUUCCAAACACCACAAGUAUUGGUUAUGAGCCUUUGAAGUGGCAGCAUAUAUCAUUGUAUGAAGAAAUUUAAUAAAUAUGUUUAAAAAUAAGUA